AUGUCUACUCCAGGUGACCUCAAGAACACCUUUAAGUGCCUUGAUUGCUCACAGAGGUUCCAGUAUGCCUGUAUGCUGCGUGCCCACGCUAAAGUGCACUCUGGGGUGAGGCCUUUCGCUUGCGAGCAGUGUGGGAAAAGCUUCAGUACUCAUUCGGUCCUGCAUAAGCACAGCCGGAUCCACAUGGGGGAGAGGCUGUAUGAUUGCGAGCAGUGUGGGAAAAGCUUCAGGUCUCGCUCCCAUCUGCAUCGGCACAGAAUGAUUCACACUGGGGAGAGGCCAUAUGAUUGCGAGGAGUGUGGGAAAAGCUUCACGACUCUCUCAAACCUGCGUAGUCACAGCCGGACGCACACUGGGGAGGGGCUGUAUGACUGUGAACAGUGUGGGAAAAGCUUCAGUACUCGUUCUGUCCUGCAUAAGCACAGCCGGAUCCACAUUGGGGAGAGGACAUAUGACUGUGAGCAGUGUUCCAAAAGCUUCAGGACUCGUUCAGUCCUGCAAAAACACAACCUGAUCCACACCAGGGAGAGGCCGUUUGACUGCGAGCAGUGUGGGAAAAGCUUCAGGACUCGCUGGAAUCUGCAAAACCACCACCGGACCCACACCGGGGAGAGACCGUAUGAAUGUGAGCAGUGUGGGAAGAGUUUCAAGACUCGCUACACUCUGCUUCAGCACAACCUGAUACACACGGGGGAGAGGCCAUAUGACUGCGAGGUGUGUGGGAAGAGUUUCAAGACUCGCUUCACUCUGCUUCAGCACAAACUGAAACACACAGGGGAGAGGCCAUAUGACUGCGAUCAAUGUGGAAAAAGCUUCAGUACUCGUUGGGUCCUGCAUAAUCACAGGCGGAUCCACACCGGGGAGAAGCCAUAUGCCUGCGAGCAGUGUGGGAAAAGCUUCAGGUAUCUCUCCAAUUUGCAUCAGCACAGCCUGAUUCACACUGGGGAGAGGCCAUAUGAGUGCGUGCAGUGUGGGAAAAGCUUCAGGACUCGCUUAACUCUGCGUCAGCACAACCGGAUCCACACUGGGGAGAGGCCAUAUGACUGUGAGCAGUGUGGGAAAAGCUUCAGGACUCGCUCGAAUCUGCAUGAGCACAACCGGAUCCACACCGGGGAGAGGCCGUAUGACUGUGAUCAGUGUGGGAAAAGCUUUAGGAGUUGUUCGGAACUGCGUAAGCACUGCCGGACCCACACUGGGGAGAGACCGUAUGACUGCCCCUAG